GCAUGCGCCGUGACCCGGGUACCCCUGAUCACCCAAAGUGGGAGGGCGGCUGGAUUACAGAUUAGUGGAAGUGGGUCAAAAUGUCUCGUUUAAAAUCGUUAAUUGUGCCCUCUGUGAGGUGUAUUGUGCAUAGACGAUACUGCAGCACUGAGAGGGUAACCAACGCCUUGGUCACCGAGUACAGGAACGACAUUUUCGAGGAGGAAAAGCGGCGUCAGCAGGGCAUGGUGCGCAGACUGGAGAAGAUCGAGGUCGUUCACGUGGGGCCCAACGACCCCGGCACCUUCAUCAUGAACAAGAACCUGUCCACACCCUACCACUGUGCCAUGCACAUCAGUGAAACCUACACCAAGUACUCUGUGCUUGCCAUGGUGAAUGGUGAACCCUGGGACAUGUGGCGACCCUUGACAGAAGACUGCGAGCUGAGCUUCGUGCGCUUCCGUGACAAGCACCCAGAGGAGGCCAACAAGUCAUACUGGCGCUCAUGUGCCCUGAUUCUCGGAGCAGUGAUGGAGACAGCAUUCAAGGACACGAUUUAUGUACAGCUUGCUCGGGCUCUUGAACUCCCCAUUAUUAAGGGCAUGUUUGUAUACGAUGUAGACUUGGGCCUGAAGGACUGGACACCAACUAACGAAAACCUUCGUUCCCUGAGCCUGUCUGCAAUCACCAUGAAAUCCAAGGACUUGCCAUUUGAGAGACUUGAAGUGGACCCUAGCCUGGCCCUCAGGCUGUUUCAGCAUAACGAGUACAAGCAGCGUGAGGUAGAGGAAAGGGUGCGGGGAGGUAGAGUUACUCUGUACAGAAUGGGCAAAUUUAUCGAUAUCCAUGAUGGACCAAUGAUGUCAAAGUCAAGUUUAGUGUCAAUGUUUACAGUAGCAGGGAUACAUGAGCUCCCAGGUGGGCUGUACCGUGUGCAGGCUAUAUCCCUUCCCCAUGACUUCUAUCUCCACAGCAGUGUGUGGAACAAACUGGUAAAGAGGGCUAGUGUCCCCCUAGUAGGGGACCUGAGUACUGCAGGGGUAGAUGAGUCAUGGAGGGAGACUAAAAGUUCAGCAGCAUAAUGUUGACAUCUUUUUCAAGAAACCUUGUUAUGUUAGGAUUAUUUUGAGGAAGAAUUAUGUUUAGUAACAGUUUGCAGAUACAUAUACAUGUGACACUUGUGAUCAUGUAUUUCAUCAAAAAUCAAAAGGCUUGCUAAAGAGAUCCAAAAACAUGUACAAUGAUGUGUAAAACGGGUGCCACAAUUUCACAACGCAGCAUUUCUUUAUUUUGCAUUGUGAUGUAUCAACAUACCAUAUGUGCAUGUCAGAGUUAAGACCAAGAUACAGAAUUCAUUUUGUAUGUUGCAACUGGCAAUUUUACAUGAUAUUCAGAAAAACACACAAGUCACUAUCUACAUUUCAUGAUUUUGACUGUAGAAGCUGCACAACACGCAGAAUCAUGACGAUAGCCGAUGAUAGCUAGUCACAUAUGUCGAUCUUCUUAAAGCACCAGGCAUUCCAGGUGUUGGGCGCCCAGGAACAGGUAUUGAUCUUUCGACCAUCCCCACAUCCAUGCCUGUAUGUUAAAAGGAUGGAUAAAUCAAUGCAUGAAGAUGUCCAAUGAUGAAAAUAUCAAAUACAGAACACAGUGCAUCGCCA